CGGUUCGUUGUUUUUCGGUGCUUUGCGUCUUAAAUAUAAUUUUGCUAGCGAGCGCUAAGCAUUUUCGUGCUACAACAGUGACAGUGAAAUUCAGUGCAAAAUAUUGUUCGUGAUACCGAAAAAUUACACGAGCGAUUCCGGAAUUUUGCAGAUUUUCCCGGAUUUGAUCGGCGAUUUUUUCCUAGCUUUGUCUCCGUCGGAUCGGAGCGGCGGCGUGAACGAGUGAGUACGCUGCAAGCGCUGUCAGCUGUCACCGUGAGUUUUGUUGUCACUGUGCUCGCGAUUUUCUCACGCACAGUUGCUGAGAGUGGAACAAAGUCGAUGUGCUGAAAAAGUAUGGCCACCAACAACUAUUUCGGAUUUCCGCAUGGUGCAACGCAGUACGGCACGACGGCCCCCGGAACAGCCUACUCGACCACACAGACGGGUUAUGCAGUAGCGACAGCGGCCGCACCGGCAGCAGCAGCGACCUACGGAACAGCAGCGGCAGCGCGUCCCACCGGAUACGAGCAAGCCUACCAGACGGCCGCCACUCCGGGAACCUACGCAACAACUGCAACGGCUACUUACGACUACGGGUACGGUCGUACAACAACGUACGAUACUAGUAAGACGUACUAUCAGCAAGCAGGAGCUACCGCUGGAUAUACGACCACCCCGACCGCGUACGACACUUCGGCAGCAGGAACUGCUAAGGUCAUCAACUUCCAACCGGCCACGCAAGUAACGUACGGCGCCCAACCGGCUCGCGCUACAAUCCAAACGGCUAAGGCUGCCACCGCGCAGUACACCGGUCAACCGACGGCCUACGUUCCGCAAACUACCGGUUACUCCCACACAGUAACCACGGUCAACAGUGCUCCGAAGUCGGCUGCUACUGCCCAAACGGUCGGCCAGAGUGCCAACUACUCGGGUUACGAGUCGGCCCUCUACAGCGCUGCGACCAUGUACGUUGCUCAACAGCAGAACAACAAACCUGCCAACGCCGUUGGAGGGCAACAGGGAGGAUGGCAAGGGUACAAAAAAGGCCCAAUGGGAGUUCAUCGGUUCAAGACCCAGCCGCAAAACAAGCCUCCCCCAAAGCCACAGCCCAUUCAUUAUUGCGAUGUGUGCAAGAUCAGUUGCGCCGGUCCUCAAACCUAUAGGGAGCACUUGGAAGGCCAGAAACACAAGAAGCGCGAACUUCUGCUCAAACAAGCUACCGAACCAGGUACUGCGACUCCGGCACGUCCCCCGAACAGCCUUCACUGCGAACUGUGCGACGUGACCUGCACCGGAAACGAUGCCUAUGCCGCCCAUGUCCGCGGUGCCAAGCAUCAGAAGGUCGUUAAGUUGCACACCAAGCUGGGAAAACCGAUUCCGGCAUGUGAACCAGCUCCGAACCCCGAGAAGAAGGAGGAAGGCGAUGGAGAUGAACACGAUGAAUCGGUCAAACCGGUCGGAAGCGAAUACAUCGAAGAGAUCAAGGAUGACGAAGGCAAAUUGGUCAGUUUCAGUUGCAAGCUGUGCGAAUGCAAAUUCAACGAUCCCAAUGCAAAGGAGAUGCACAUGAAGGGCCGUCGUCAUCGUUUGCAGUACAAGAAGAAGGUUCAACCAGAUCUGUUCGUAGAUGUUAAGCCAACCAUGAAGCAGAAGAAGAUUGCCGAGGCACGUGCCCAUCGUCAGGCCAUGCAGGAGGACUACUGGAACCGUCGUCGAAUGGCUGAGGCCGAGAUGGAGGAUGGUGGCGGCGAUCAUGGAAUGCGCCAGUUCGGACGUCAUCCGUUCUUCGGAAUGCUUCCGGGACGCCGUCCUGAAUCUUCCGACGAUCGUCACGUUGUGGCACGUCAUGCCGAGAUCUAUCCCAAGGAGGAGGAGCUUCAGACUAUUCAGCGCAUCGUUUCGCACACCGAACGGGCUUUGAAGCUGGUUUCGGAUGCGAUGACCACUGGCGGUGCUAAGGAUGAGAAGAAGGAAGGCGAUGCCGAAAAGAAGGACGGCAAAGGCGAUGAGCAGAACAAGGGCGAUGCUAAUCAGAUGAUCUCCUUCCACAAGGAAGCCGAGGGCAGCAAUGUCCGUCUGCUGAAGGGCGUUAUGCGUGUUGGAUUGCUGGCAAAGGGACUCCUCCUGCAUGGCGACAACACUGUUCAACUCGUUGUGCUGUGUGCUGAAAAGCCGACGACUUCUCUGUUGAAACGUGUCGUAACCGAGCUGCCGAUCCAACUCAAGAAGGUAGCCGAGGAGCAGAAGUACACCGUCACGAUGGCACCGGUCGAGGGUGCCGUUCUGGUGUCGGACGGCACCAUUACCGUGAAAAUCUCCCUCACAUCCCCGCUGCUCCGCGAAGAUGCAAACAGUACCGCUGCAAACGAGCAAGUCAACAACCAGAGCUCGGAAGAUUUACUGCCACGGGAGCCCUGUCUCCAGGCACUUGCCGCCCUACGACACGCGAAGUGGUUCCAGGCUAGAGCAACCGGUCUGCAGUCCUGUGUAAUGAUUAUGAGAAUAAUGCGAGAUCUUUGCACCAGAAUACCAAUUUGGGGAAACAUCUCACAAUGGGCAACGGAACUGCUCAUCGAGAAGGUCAUCUCGUCGGCCGGAGGACCACUGUCCCCAGGCGAGUGCAUGCGCCGUGUCAUGGAAGCUAUCGCCUCGUCGAUCCUGAUCAACGGUCCCGGACUGUUGGAUCCGUGUGAGAAGGAACCGGAAGAUGCCCUCACCAACCUCAGCCGGCAGCAGCGAGAAGACAUCACCGUGUCGGCACAAAUGUUCCUGCGCUUCAUUGCCUUCCGGCAGAUCCACAAGGUGCUGGGCAUGGAACCGUUGCCACCGCCGAAGUUUGUUGGUAGCCGCAACUGGCGCUUCAACCGUAAGCGCAGGCGCUCGGGCACUGAGGGAGCUGACAAUGAAGCUGACGGCAAAAUGGUAAAGAAAGAGGAAAACAAAGGCGAAAGUGGUACCAACAACGCAGUGGUGGACAUGGACACCGAGGGUGCGAAGUAAGCGCCGUUUCCGUUUUCUUCUUCGUUGGUAUGUAAGCUAGAAUUUUAACUGACAAGUAAAUGAUGGAAAUAAGAUAAAAACUUCUAGAACAACCUUUUAAGACAGUAAACUUUUCAAAUAUUGGAUUUAACUCUGCUAUGAAGAAAUAUAUUAUCCUUCCGUGGAAAAUAAACAGAUAAUGCAUACAUUGUACUCAACCGGAAAGCAGUUGAAAUGAAUCAACUCAAAAUAAAAUAAAAUUGCAUUGAAAAAAA